AUGGUGGGGAGUAGCACAGGGUUAGGUUGGAGUGGAGUAGGGUUAGGGUUGUGUGGAGUAGGGUUGUAUGGAGUAGGGUUGUAUUACAGGGUUAGGGUUAGAUUGGUUCUGUGUAGGGUUAGGGGUUAUGUUAGGGUUAUGUUAGGGUUUCGUGCUAGGGUUUGCAUUGGAGUUUGGUUAGGGUUUUGUAUUAGGGGUUAUAUUGCUGCUAUAGAUCAAGGGCUUAGGGUUAGGGUUAGGGUUAUACGUGUUACUUAG